AAAUAAUAUAUGUUAUUUUGCUAUUUUUUGCUGCAGGUAAUUUGUAGUUGGAUUAAGGUUUGAUUACAAAAAAAUAACAGUCUUAACUAUUAUAAUGGGAAGAGAUAAAAAUCGUAGGCGCUAUUCAAGUUCUAGCUCCGAAAGUGUAGAUAGUGCUGAAGAAGAGCGUCGAAAAGAUUUGAAGGAGAGAGAUGAAUUUGCGGAACGUUUGAAGAAACGGGAUGAAGGUCGUAUUAGGAAAGUUGUUGAGGCAACUUCUAGCCGAAAGGCGUUUGAAGAAGCCGCAAAACGUUUAAAACUUGAAAUCGAGGAUCGUGAUAAAUUUUUGCCUCAAUUGCGUAUUGAUUCUAGACGGAAAUAUUUAGAAAAGCGCAAAGAUGAUAAAGUUGCAGAGCUGGAAGCCGAUAUUAUCGAUGAUGAAUAUUUAUUCGACUCAGAAAUAUUGACAGAAAAGGAAAAACAAGAACGGGAGUAUAAGAAAAACCUUUUAACUAUCGCCAAGGAACAUGAAAAGGCUAGGGAAUUGGAGAGAGUUCAAAGGUAUCAUAUGCCUAGGGACAUGAAAAAGGGAGAAAAAGAAGAUUAUGUUGAAAUUGAUGAACGUGAAAGGCAACCUAAUUCAGAGCAAAAGAAAUGGGAAGCAGAACAAUUAGCUUCAGCAAUGUUUCAAUUUGGAGCUAAGGAUAAAGAUUCUAAAAUUAAACAGGAAUAUGAAUUAUUGUUGGAGGAUCAAAUUGAAUUUAUUCAAGCUUUAACAAUGGAAGGAACUAAGGACAAAAAAGUUGAAGUUAGUGAGCACGAAAGAAAGAAAAUGGACAUUGAAGAAACGAAAUUAUCUCUGCCUAUUUAUCCGUUCAAAGAAGAUAUAAUUGCAUCAAUAAGGGAACACCAAAUUUUAAUUAUCGAAGGUGAAACUGGAUCCGGAAAAACAACUCAAAUACCACAAUAUUUACAUGAGGCUGGAUUUACAAAAAACAAACAAAAAAUUGGCUGUACGCAGCCGCGAAGGGUUGCCGCAAUGUCUGUGGCUGCACGUGUUGCUCAGGAAUUAGGAGUAAAGCUAGGAAAUGAAGUUGGUUACAGCAUCAGAUUUGAAGAUUGCACUUCAGAACGAACUGUUAUAAAGUAUAUGACUGACGGUACUCUACAUCGUGAAUUUUUAUCAGAACCCGAUUUAGCAUCUUAUAGCGUAAUGAUAAUUGACGAAGCUCAUGAAAGAACUUUACAUACAGACAUACUUUUUGGCCUUGUGAAGGAUAUAGCAAGAUUUAGACCUGAGUUAAAACUGCUUAUAUCAAGUGCUACUUUGGACGCUGAAAAAUUUUCUAAGUUUUUCGAUGAUGCUCCUAUAUUUAGGAUACCAGGCAGACGUUUUCCUGUUGAUAUCUACUACACCGAGGCUCCCGAGGCUGAUUAUAUCGAUGCUUGUGUUGUUUCAGUACUUCAAAUUCAUGCUACUCAGCCACUAGGUGAUAUAUUAGUAUUUUUAACAGGUCAGGAAGAAAUAGAAACAUGUCUUGAAGUUUUACAAGACCGAGUUAAACGCUUGGGGUCAAAACUUAAAGAAUUAAUAAUUUUACCAGUAUAUGCGAAUUUACCAAGCGAUAUGCAAGCAAAAAUAUUUGAGCCUACACCUCCAAAUGCAAGGAAAGUUAUUUUAGCAACGAAUAUCGCUGAAACUUCUUUGACGAUUGACAAUAUAAUAUAUGUAAUUGACCCAGGCUUUGCUAAACAAAAUAAUUUCAAUUCAAGAACUGGUAUGGAAUCAUUGAUGGUGGUACCAAUUUCAAAAGCAUCAGCAAAUCAAAGAGCAGGACGGGCUGGUCGUGUUGCACCUGGAAAAUGUUUUAGAUUAUAUACAGGCUGGGCAUAUAAACAUGAAUUAGAAGAUAAUACAAUUCCGGAAAUUCAGAGAAUUAAUUUAGGCAAUGCCGUAUUAAUGUUGAAAGCUUUGGGGAUUAAUGAUUUGAUUCACUUUGAUUUCUUGGAUCCUCCACCACAUGAAACUUUAGUGUUGGCCUUAGAGCAGCUUUAUGCAUUAGGAGCGUUGAACCAUCAUGGAGAAUUGACGAAAUUAGGAAGAAGAAUGGCUGAAUUUCCAGUUGACCCCAUGAUGGCCAAAAUGUUGCUGGCUAGUGAAAAAUACAAAUGCUCUGAAGAAAUUGUAACCAUAGCUGCAAUGCUUUCUGUGAAUAGUGCAAUUUUUUAUCGACCCAAGGAUAAAAUAAUCCAUGCUGAUACAGCUAGAAAAAACUUUAAUCAUUUGAAUGGGGAUCAUCUUAGUUUGCUUCAAGUUUAUAAUCAGUGGGCUGAAACUGAUUUUAGUACGCAAUGGUGUUAUGAAAAUUUUAUUCAGUAUAGAUCAAUGAAAAGAGCUCGUGAUGUACGAGAACAACUUGUAGGUUUAAUGCAACGAGUUGAAAUUGAUAUGGUUUCUUGUCUUCCAGAAACUAUUCCAGUUCGUAAAGCAAUUACAUCCGGUUAUUUUUAUCAUAUUGCCCGGUUAUCCAAGGGAGGAAAUUAUAAAACUAUUAAACAUAAUCAAACUGUUAUGAUACACCCGAAUUCAGCGUUAUUUGAAGAAUUGCCUAGAUGGGUACUGUACCAUGAAUUGGUGUUUACAACAAAAGAAUACAUGAGACAAGUUAUUGAUAUUGAGAGUAAAUGGUUAUUGGAAGUAGCACCACAUUAUUAUAAGCCGAAAGAACUAGAAGACUCAACCAAUAAAAAAAUGCCAAAGACUGCUGGCAGAGCCGUUAUGACAGAAUAAAUAUUCUUAUCUGCAAUCAAUUCCUUAGAAAAUUAUUUAAAUUUUUUCAAUACAUUUAUUAUAACAUUAGACAUUUAAAACAAUAACUUUCAAAUAUCUCAUUUUAUAAUUAAUAAAUGGUUAAAUAUAUUGUACAAAAAAUGAUUAAUGAAUUGCGAAUAUAAG